GAGAUCCAGCACCCGUACCAGUGCUUGAGCACUAAAGAACUUUGCAGUAUAAUACCGCCCUUCUAUACCAUUGAUAUGAUAGAAGGUAUUAAUGUCAUACGGCAGCAUGCCCACAGCCCUCAGCUGAACACCGAACGAAAGAGAAAGAGAAAACCGCCUUAUUCUCCCAAGGUUUUUGAUAGGGGGGCAAGCUAGGGGGAGAGGGGAUAUGUGUGCUUGGUGGAACGGGGAAGUUUUUGGCUUACGUUGUGGCACUUUGCUCCGCCGUACCUUGCUUAUGCAGAUGGGAGUGACUGGGGACUACCGGUACUGUAGGUAUUGCGGACGAAUCGGGUAUCCUUGAAAGAUUUUAAGAAUUGCACUUGUAUAAAGGGAGUGGGUCCGAUCUCCGUUGGGAGAGUAUCAUAAAGUUUAGCCACUGCUUAGGGCGGUGUUAGGUUAAUACCCUGGUUUCUUCUGCUUCUUUCUUCUUUUCAUUUUUUAUUUAUUUCAAGAGGGGGGGGUUCGCGGAGGCUUCACCAGCUGUUUGUCAGUCCAGCAAGAGAUACCGUUCUAAUUCUCUAAGCACGAAAUGGACAAAGAGCAAGGCCCCGCUAACUCGCCACCAAUCCUCGUCAUCCCGGAUGGGGGCUGCGAAGACCGCAAUCCACAAGAAACUGACUCUAGCCGGGUGUCUUCGGGGAAGGGUGAAGGAUAUGGGGAUGAUGUGGAGAUAGGGCCCGCGAGGGAGGAAUUCAAGAACUUGGAGAAGCAGCCUGCUACGCUUCCCAUCAACGACCCCUCCAGUUUUCCGGACGGUGGAGCAGCUGCUUGGCUGUGCGUGCUUGGGGGGUUUGCGGCGUCGUUUUGCAGUUUUGGUAGGUUUUGUAUUGGAAUAUUCCAAGAUUACUAUGAGGCUAACCAACUUAAAGAGUACUCACCAAGUACCGUCGCUUGGAUAUUAAGUUUGGAAACAUUUUGUAUGUUCUUUCUCGGUCCAGUUAUAGGCAAAUACUAUGAUGCCUAUGGCUCUCGUGUCAUAUUAGUACUUGGAACUUUCUUCCACGUUUUCGGCCUAAUAAUGACUUCCAUAUCGUCGAAAUAUUGGCACUUCCUUGUAUGUCAAGGAAUUGUUUCAUCUAUCGGAGCUUCACUUACCUUCUACCCGGCGCUCGGGGAUGUCCCUACCUGGUUCUUCAAAAGGAGGGCAUUUGCUUUUGGAGUAGUGGCUUCAGGAUCGAGUCUGGGAGGUGUGAUUCUACCGAUUAUGAUCCAGCGAUUGAUUCCUCGGGUUGGUUAUGGCUGGACAAUGCGCAUCACCGCCUUUCUAAUCCUCGGAAUGAUGAUCAUCGCAAACCUCACUCUCAGGUCCAGACUUCCGCCAAAGGGUUGGACCCCGUUUAGACCGAGCGACUUCCUGAAGCAUUUCAAAGAGCUUGGGUACUCCAUGUCGAUCGCUGCGGCAUUCUUGUUCUUUUUCGGAAUGUUCUUACCGUUCAAUUACAUUGUUGUCUCCGCAAGAAGGAACGGGAUGUCAGUUUCCCUGGCGAAUUACCUCGUUUCCGUACUGAAUGGCACGAGUAUAUUUGGUCGUAUCCUGCCAGGUUGGCUGGGGGAUAAGUUUGGGAGAUAUAAUAUGAUGAUCCUGACAACGGGUGCUUCCGGAAUCCUCGUGUUGGCCCUAUGGCUUCCAACGGUGGGAAACCUACCUACUAUUUUGUUCGUCUGCUUUUACGGAUUCACAACAGGCGCUUUUGUUUCCCUCGCACCGGCUUGUCUGGCCCAGAUUUCGGAUAUCCGGGAGAUUGGGGUUAGAAUUGGAGUUAUGUUUGCUACGGUGUCUAUUGCGGCACUGACGGGUGUACCUAUCGGCGGUGCUCUAAUCGACAGGUACGAUGGAGGAUUUUUGGGAUUACAGAUAUUCUGCGGAGUAACCCUUGUUGCCUCGUCCAUUUGUUGGGCGUUGGCUAGGUGGAUUGUUGGAGGGUGGAAGGCGGCCAGAGUUUGAACAAAAAUCCUUCGUAAAGACUGCUUGGGAGAGUAUAUAAUAUUGUGAGUGUAUAAUACGGUAUUGCUGUUCGGAAGUCCCCCUCCCCUCCUUUCUUAUAUACUAUCUUUUACGCAUCGGAAUAGAAAUACACUUUAUGAAA